CUUCCGCCGCCUCAACCGCAUAUCUCUAACCAUGCCUCGCCGCAGCUCCAGUGGAAGAUCUUCUCGCUCAGCACCUCGUCCAGCAGCGGCUCGUAAUCUCCCACCUCAGCCAGCUCACCAUGCUCCUCCCCCAGCUCCCGCUCAGAGUGGCAGUGGUGGCUCUCUGCUUGGUGGCAUUGGUUCAACCAUUGCUCAGGGCAUGGCUUUUGGAACUGGCAGUGCAGUAGCGCACAGGGCUGUGGAUGCCGUGAUGGGUCCCCGAACUAUUCAACAUGAAACAGUUGUCUGUGAGGGUGCCGCUGCAGCCCCUGCACCAACAGCAAAUAGUCUUGGUAGCGAUGCCUGUGGUGUUCACACAAAGGCCUUCCAAGAUUGCCUGAACAGCUACGGUAAUGACAUUAGCAAGUGCCAAUUCUACAUGGACAUGCUAGCAGAGUGCAGGAAGAACUCUGGAGCCUCAUUGAGUGCUUGAGUUAUUUUCCCUCUGCUCUUACCCUUCUGCAAUGAGUCAUCUCCGCCAUGAGUCAGCAUCAGUGUCACUGUCCUAGACUGUCUCUGAUGGUUAAGACUAUUCCAUAUGUGGUUGUCGGCUUCACUUAAAUAAAGCCUUUUAAGGAGGAAGAUGGAAAGAAUACUUUUUGCAUGAACCAUCAGUAUUCAUUCAUUGCUAUUAUGAUCUUUGGAUAUCGUAAUUGGUCUAUUUGGUCUGCUUUAUAUGUGGAUCUGUUUGAUGGUUGUCAUGUUGAACUUGAGCGAAACAAGUUUCUCUGUUUAACGAUA